CAUUAGGGAGAGCGCACACGUUAGUGUUUCUGGUUAUAAAAGCAAAGACAGCAUUCCUAUGUGUUUUUGUAAUAUGCCAGGUUAGUAUCGUGGUCUGGUCUGGGGCAUAUGAUUCACUGAAAACUGCCCGCUUUAUAUACAGACAGCCCUCUUAAAUGAUCAGUCGCCAAAUACGCAAUCGCUCCGCCCACUAAGUUGUGUUUUCAUAAAACGCUUAUUCCAUUACUCCGUAAGUCUUUGUUUGUCGGACCAUGUGGCCGCAAUAAACGAAAUCUGAUUGAUUAUUACGUGAGUUUGAUUGACAGCUGGCGAGUGGUCAAUUACUUUAACAAGAGCAUUGUUGUCUGGUUAAGCUUGUUAAUAACCUUAUGUAGUUUUUUAUCACGCCAAACUGUGAUACCAUAUGUCUUACUCAUAAAUCUGUGUCCAGACAAUCAAAGCAUGUCGGCAUAAUUAAUUUUCAUCAACUCACACUUUUACAAAACAUAACUAACACAAAAGCAUUCAAUUAUUCUUCUAUAUUUAAACCAAACUAUCAUACAAUAUGUCUGAUUAAAAAAUCUUUGAACAGAAAAUGAAAGCAUGCCGUCAAAUUAAACGUCGUUUAACAUUUCACGCUUGUUCAGAUUUCAGGGGCGAAUUGUCUUGGGGUGAGAUGUCUUUGGGGCGAGUUGUCUGAUUCCCAUUCCGAAUGGACUUUGAAAGAAACGAACGACAACUUUGUAAGAAAACCCGCCAAUGGGGCUCGCGACCAAUCGGAUGGAUGCUAUGCCUGCUGGGAUCGCCAUGCUCUCUUUCGACGCGGACAGUGGACCCGACAUGACCGACCUAACGGACUCGACCUGACGGACUCGACCUAAACAAUUUUCUUUAUUCUUAGACUUAAGUCUAAGACUUGUUUGGUGAAUACGGGCCUAGCAGAUUCUUUUGUGCACGAGAUGCGGUCAAAAAGAAGAAAAGACGAAAGAACCAAUCCAGACUUGGUGGCAGAGGAAAGUAUAAAAAAGAAUGCAGAUCUUGGUGGAUUUUGUGUGGAUACAAUUCCACCUAAAGCAUCGAUUCUACCCUGGAAGUCAAAAGUGGUCAGUUCUUGGGUCGACUUGUUAAUCAUGGCAAAGGCAAAGAACAAAACUGCAAAAUGAAAUGCAUAGAGGUCAAUAAAAAACCAUACCUAUGCUUAUUUGCUCAAAGAGACAUUCAGACAGGAGAGGAGCUUCUUUAUGACUAUGGUGUGUCUGAUCUACCAUGGAAGAGUCCAUGUCAACUGCUGACAGUGAAGAGCCAGGCAGUGUGACCCAUGAUAGGAGGGAGCCAAGUGAAGAGCCAGCCAGUCUGAGCCAUGAUAGAAGGGAGCCAAAUCCUCAAGUACCUCAUCGAGACGUCUAUGAACGGUUUGCUGAGAUUUUUCUAGAAUCCAUCUUAGCACAAGGCCUGGCUGGGGCCUCCAGGCACGUUCACGACAGAGAGUCGAGCACAGCUACAGGCAUUGAAGAGGUAACUGUUGAAGACUGCCAAAGUCCAGAUGUCCUUCAUGAGUCAGAAUCUCUGAAGUCGCAACCAGCCAGUAUGGAGUCAGGAGGUUUAAGCCCAGUAUAUCCACAGUACAAACCAACUGAGGCUUAUAAAGAGAUUGAACCAGUUAGUUCCAGUGAUGGAUUCAAUCUAUCAAAUCAAGAAGAUUCAGACUGUGACUCAGAUGAUGAUCCAGCAUACAUCCCUGACACAGACUCUGAUGAUACAGAACCUGAAAACAGUGGAACUCAACACACAACUAGAAAGAGUGUUGUUAAAUUUGGUUCAGCACUUUCAACAGCAGAUGUUGGAAAAGCAAUUGCCAUACUUGAUGAGGAUUCAGAUGGUGAUAUGGAAGUUUCUUCGUCUGAAGACAAAGUUCCUAACACCCAUUCAACUGUGCAUUCACAAAAGGAUAAAGGUGUUUAUCUGCAGUCAAAAAAUUACCACGGGAUGGCUGUCAAAAGAGAUAUGACAAAAUUAACUUCUGUGUUUACUGCAAGAAGGCGGUUAAAUCCAAAAUAUCUAGACAUCUCUUAACCCACAAGGAACGUCAAAAGGUUCUUCAAAUCCGACUUCUGCCAAAGAAAUCAAAGCAGAGGGAAAAUCUUUUCACAGAACUUGUGAAUGAAGGUAACUUCAAACACAAUAUAGAUGUUAUUAGU